CACCCAGGAAAGAGUCAUGCCUAGCCCUGAACAUCAGCACCUCACUAUUCCUAGCAUGUCCUCUUGCCUAUUGCACUCAAAGAACCACACUUUCCACACCCACAGAAUAGGCAGCUCUCCCCUGCAGUUGGAUCAAUAGAUCUACAGAAGAUAAUAGGUCUUCCUGGGUUGCAAUAUGAAUGAACCUGAUGGAUCAGUUUUGCUAAGAUUCUUUCAGACUGCUCGCCAAAAUCUUUGAGAGCACCAUAUAGUCACUUGACAGGAGAGCAGCAGGCCUCCAGUUUGUAACCGAAGCCAAAUCCCCUUUAUUUGGCAAAAGAGAGAGAGCUGCUCACUGAAAAGAGACUGGUAGUGACCCCUCCUGAAGACACUCCAGCAUCACUUCCUGUAAAUCAGUUCCUAGUGGACCCCAGAAGCGCUUAUAUAAAUCCAUAGACAGCGCAUCAGUGCCUGGGGACCAGACAGAAAAAAACAGUGUGGUGUGUGUGUGAGCGCAUACGUGCACGUGUGUGUGUGUGUGUGUGUGUAUAUGUAUGUGUGUAUGUCUGUGCAUGUUUGUGUGUUCUUGUAUGUAUAGUGUGUGUGUACGUGUGCACAGAAACCUCAACACACUCUCCACUAUGACCAGGCACACACACCAAAACCUCAACACACACUCCAAUGUGACCACACACACACUCCCAAACCUCAACACACACUUUCUACCAUGACUGUGCACACACACCCAAACCUCAACACACUCUCCUCUGUGACCAUGCACACACUCCCAAACCUCAACACACACUCUCCACUAUGACCACGCACACACACCCAAACCUCAACACACACUCCAAUGUGACCACACACACACUCCCAAACCUCAACACACAUUCGCCAGUGUGACCAUGCACACACACCCAAACCUCAACACAACACUGUCCACUGUGACCACACACAAAUACAGCCAAAGGUCAACACACACUCUCCAAAGACCAUGCACACACACACCCCUGCAGUAUCCAACAGGUAAUUUCAGCUGUGUUACAUUUCCAACUUAAUGUGUUCAUUCCUUUUCAAAGGUAUUAUAGUGCGGUCAAAUGGGCCUACACUCUUUUUAGUCAUAUGUGUGAGAACAGGUUAAUCAUUUCAAACAUGUUAUGUUAUGUUAUGUAAUUGAGCUGGAGUCAGUUGUACAGUGUGUUGUUGUGUGAGUCAGUAGCUAGCAGGACUACAAGUUAACAUAAAACCCACCAUUUAUGAUUAAAAACAUAAAUGACGAUAUAUUGGGAAAAAAAUGAGAGGGUAUGAGGGAUGGUGUAUUUGCUUUGAAAAACCAACAUGAGUAUGCAGAUUCAAGCAGGUGGCAUGUUGUGGCUCCACAUUGUGAAGAUAUCCUUCUGUUUUUGGAUACUCUGUCCUAACUUCUCUGGGAAAAAUGCAGCUGGGCUUCACAUACCUGACUGGGCUGAAGGCCAGCCGAAUCUUGAAAAGGAGGGAAUCGAGGCCGUUUCCACGACAGAAGGCAUCCACCAGGUGAGCGAGGAGAAGAGGCCCAUUUUAAGCUUCAUCUGGGUCUGCGGGAACUGAAGAGAGCAGCCUGUUAACAAGCAGAGCUUCACUGCGGUCCUGCAACAGUGAGAGCCAUGGCUCCCCGACUCUGCCUGUGGCUCCUGGCUCUGGGACAGAUGGGCGCGGUCCUGUCCUGCCGGGUGGGCACCCUGGAGGAAUGCCAGAAAGCGUCUUUUGUCCCCGGGCAUAACCUGGCGGGAGAGGGCUUCGACAUCGUGAAGCUUCAGCACAAAGGCGCCUACGUGAUCGACCUGCAGACCUUCCUGGACCCUAGCGACUCGUGCACGCUCUGCGAGAACACCCUGCACCGUGACGAGCUUCAGAAACUUCCGCUGUCCGUCCUGGACUGGCGCUCCUUCACCAGCUGCCGACAGGAGCUGUCCAGCGCUCUGCUGAACACCGUCACUUCCGUGGCCGACAGCGCCACGGACCUCAUCGAGAACGACUGGACCGUGGGGCUGGGCCUCGGGGACUUGGCGGAUCUGACCGUCGGCGGUAGCCACUCUAACGCGGUUGAGUUCGCCACCGCCGCCUACACGAUGGACAAAUCCGUCUUCACUUCUCACCAGCUCAGCUGUAGCCACUACAGCUACCGCGUCUCCGGGAACCCGCCUCUCAGCUCCGAGUUCCGAGCGCAGGUGCGCUCUCUCCCACAGGAGUACAACCCAAGCACCCGACACCUGUACCAGAGAUUCAUCAGCACCUACGGAACCCACUACAUCCAGCAGGUGGAACUGGGCGGCCGUCUGAAGAGGCUCACCUCCAUCCGCACCUGUCUGGCCUCCGUCAACAACCACUCGGCCACCAAGGUGAAGGACUGCCUGAACACGGGCCUCUCUGUGGGGCUGGGCUUUCUGGAACCUUCCGCCACGACCAGCCAGUGCAGAUCUCUGCUGGAGAACCAGGACAGCCAGACGGGAUCCCAGCUGUCCUAUCUGAACCACAUCACCGAGGUGCUCGGGGGCGAAAAGUGGCUGGGAGAGGUGUCCCUGUUCAAGAACGACUCCAUGGCAUUCCGACGCUGGCUGACCAGCCUCAAGGACGCCCCGGACAUCGUGUCGUAUUCCCUGUUCCCCCUUCACGAGCUGGUUCCCGACCCCGUCGUCGGGGGAAACGUGAAGACCGCGGUCAACCAGUACCUGAGGGAGAACGCCAUUGCGAAGGACAAGGCGCCUCAGCAGUGUUUCGGGCAGCCCAAUCUCUCCUCCGACUGCUGCCCCCUGCAGCCAAUGAGGGGCCGGCUCCGGGUGACGGUGAUCAAAGCCUGGGGGUUGGACGGGGACCCCGUGGGGAGCACGGACCCCUACGUGAAGUUCUGGUACGGGCGCCACUUCCACCAGACCCACUGGAUCAAAUCAGAAGACAACCCCCGCUGGAACUCGGUCUAUGACCUGGGCCACGUGGAGGCCUUCCACGAGCUGAAGCUGGAGGUGUGGGACAAGGACGUGAAGUACGACGACCACCUGGGCACCUGCCGCACGCGACUCCAGGAGGGGACCCACACCGUGAGCUGCGCCCUGAGCAAGGGAGGCUUCUCCUACUCCUACACCCUCACCUGCGACCCUCAGCUCAGCGGCUACCAGUGCGCCAAGUACAGGCCUGCCCCCCAGUGACCGAUCAGGGGAUUUCAGGCCAGGUCCCAUUCAUUUUAGUGCUACCCGGCUAGCUAGCGAAAAGAUCAGAAUAUUGUCCUUCCAGUAUAAUCAAUGAGCAAUUAAUUGAUUAUGUGGAGCUUCAGGUCUAUGAAUGAAAAGGACCUCAUCCUCCAGAGUAAUUAAACAUGCAUGUCUCACCCACCAAUCUGCUGCAAUGAAUAUUUCAAAAUAGUCAGGACUUAUUGCCGGGCUAUCUUUGAUUAAUGAAGUUGUCUUUGAUUACUCAUCACAGAUGAUGUCGUACAGCAAAAUUCACAGUGAUCUGACGAUUCUCUCUCCCAGUGAUUUCCUGUUUAUCAAUCAACUUAAUAAACAAAGUGUAUACUUU